AUGAGCAGUAAGCACAAUAAAGUGCAUUCUAACAAUCUACCCAAAAACAAAUUCACCCAACUAGAGCAGUCACUCCCGACCUCGGCGAUCCAUCAUAAAAAGAAGGUGUUUUGCGGAGAUCAUUUAGAGGAAGUUGUUUACAGCUAGUACAAAGAAAAUGGGCAGAUAUUGUAUUAGUACUGCAAACAAUGUUUGGGGAUACAAGCUGAAAAUUCUUCAAUUGAAAGCAGUUUUAAAAUCUACGUUGAAAACAGUCAAAAUCUGCUGCUCAAUGCCAACAAAGCUGUGAAGGACUAUGCCUCACUCUAUUCUAAGAGUAUGAAGCUGGUUAACACUGCUGUAAGAGAUGUGAUUAGCCAGACGAAACAAUAGGUAGUCCAGAUAAUUGACGAUUUCUUCAAUCAUAACCAUAAUUCUAAUUUUAAGAAUACAAUGUUCGGCGAGCAAUUGAACUAAAUUGAGCACCUGCAGAAUUAGUACUACGUAAUAAGCAAUAACCUAACCAAGAUUCAAAAUGAAGCUAAUGACAACUGGCAGCACGCUUCUAGACGCAAAAUAGUCUUCUCAGAAAUUAUAAAGUUCAACCUCAAGAUUAAUGAAUAUAAGCUGAAAAUAGAUGAACUCGCUAAUUAGUACAAAGUUCUUGAGAAAAACUUACUUAACCAGGAUUAGAUCAAUUCGAUCAAAAACUAAUACAGAGAUCACAUUUAGGAGGAGCUUUCAUGGCACAUAUCAUCGAAGUUGUCUCAAUCCCCGAUUAAAAGAAAGGAUGAGUGCUUCUAGAGCAUCUCUUCUUAUGCUGAUGAUGAUACUGAAUAGGCGAAGAAACUUGUCACGAAACUUAACUUUAGCUCGCUUUUAAAAUCUAAAAACCAUGUUAACAUCAUCGAUUCAUUUAGAGUGAAUUAGUCCUUGAAUUCUUCUUUAGAUGGCAACAAUUCUCUGACCAAUGAAAAGGAUGAGAAUAUCCAGUUAAAGAUAUACAGACAGACAAAGAGUAUUCAGAGUAUCGAGGAUGAUGACUAUGACGAUGAUAUGCUGGAGCAUGAAAAUCCAAAUCAAAAAGAGGCUUUUUCUAGCUACUUAGAUGCAUAACUUGAGCGAAUCCAUAAAAUGCAAAAUCCCAAGUAUGUUAACAUUAGUCCUGGUCUCAGCUCUUAAAAUACCAGCGCUCAUGACUUUGAUUUCUCCUAGCAUAACCAAGAGAUUCAGAGGUUGAAGGAUGUAGUUCAGAGGGAGGAAGAAAAUUCAAAGCAAAGAAUUAUCAAACUAUAAAAAUAAAAAGUAGAAGAAAUUGAAAAAUAUAAAAAUGUGUCAACUGUAAAAUUCUAAUUACAGUCAAUGAUCAAGAAAGAUCUGUAUUAUAUAAAAGGUGAGAGCCAAGAAGUUUUUAUAUAUGACUUCACCUAAAAAAACUUUAAAACCCAUAAAUUUGAGAGUUUCACUUAGAAAUUUCCUAAAAACUUUUCUUCGGUUCAAAGACUUAACAGGGAUAUCUUUAUGUUUGGUGGUAUAUACUAGCGAAGUAAAUAUUCAUAGAAGACAUUGUAAAUAAAACUAAACCAUAAUAAGUAUAAAUAGCAAGUGUAAGAAAGAGCCUAAAUGCUAGCACCAAAGAUAAACAUCCCUGUUUGCCUUAUCAAAAAUCGAUACGUUUACCUAUGCGGAGGGUUUUACAAGCAGAUGCUGAUUGACUGUGAUAUUUAUUCCAUAGAUGAGGAUAGAUGGUUUGAUGGGCCAAAACUUAACUAUCCUAGAGCUAAUUGUUCCCUAUGCCCCUUUGACGAUAGAUUUAUUUACAUCUUCACAGGCAAGUCUAAUGAAAGUAGCCUAUUUAUUGAAAGGCUUGAUGCAGGCCUACAUGGGUCUUCAAAUCUCAUGAAAAGCAUAGAUGAGGAUUUAAGCUUGUCCUUGGAUUACAAGUGGGAAGUGAUUGAGCUUUAGGAUAAAAAGGAGUUCAUUUAAAAUAUGCACUUUAAUGGUGUCGUCCAGAUUUCAAGCAAGGAGAUCUUGAUCUUCGGAGGGACAAAUCGUUAAACAUUUAAGUAUGAGAUUGAUUUCAAGAAGAAUACGCACAAACUUGACAAAAUAGAUGAUAAGUACAAUCUUAAGCAACUGAGUAAGUUUGUCUAUGAGAAAGAUUUCCAAGCAGCGAUUAGGAAGAACAUUUUGUAUGCCAUAGAUCCCAACUACAAGACUCUGCAUUAACUAGAUCUUGAUCAACUUGUGGAAUAGAAAAAUGAGUCUAAGAUCAUGCAGAGACUCUAGAAACUUGAAGAGGAGAAAAAGGAAGAAUUUAAAAAGCUGGUUAAAGACGAAUACUUUGCUAAGACCAUGUAAAAUAAGUUAAUGAGCCCUGUCCCUUCCAGGAAAGUGACACAAAUAGGUACCAAGAAAGUGAUCAAGAAGAGUUUCAACAAUGACUGGAAUUCUUCCAACAAUAUCAAUCUCAGUUUGAAUGCCAAUGAAUCAUCCACAGUCUCUGUCUGGGAUGUCAAAACUUUCAAAGAAAUAGGAAUAAAUAUAAUAACAGGAGCAGCAACUGUUACAAGAUCUUCGAAUCUAUAAUCACUUAGUUCUAAAUGA